AUGCAGCCUCUGGAUACUGCAAACACCUUUAGUCUUAAGUUGGUGAUCAGAAUGAUGGUCGUGGUUGUGGUUGCACUCCUCGUGAUUAUGGCUAUGGGAUUGAUGCUCAUGGUCGUGGUUGUGGUUGCACUCCUCGUGUUUAUGGCUAUGGGAAUGAUGAUGAUGGUCAUGCUCAUGAUGUUCCUCAUGUUUAUGGCUAUCUGAAUGCUGAUGAUGUUCCUCAUGUUUAUGGCUAUCUGAAUGCUGAUGAUGCUCCUCAUUUUUAUGGCUAUGGGAUUGGUGUGAGUGAGAAUGUGUGCAACCAGAUCCACCAUGAGCAUGAUGAUGUUCCUCGUGGAAAAAGAUUAACCCGACGAUAUUCACGAGAAGCCCACCAACCGAAACAACCAAAAGACUAUUUGUAG